UUUUAGUCAUGGCGUGCGGAAUAUCCAAGGAUAAAUAGCCAGCAUAUGUCUUUGGAAAUGAAGUUGAAGCAAGAGAGAGAAAGAGAGAAUUACAAACUUGCUCUAACUACUAGGAAGAGUGAGAGAGUACUAUACACUUGAAUUCGUGUAUACCUUCCAUAAAAACAUGGUAAGAGCUCCUUGUUGUGAAAAGAUGGGAUUGAAGAGAGGUCCUUGGUCUCUUGAAGAAGAUCAAAUCCUCAUUUCUUACAUCCAAAAACAUGGCCAUGGCAACUGGCGUGCUCUCCCAAAACUUGCAGGUUUGUUAAGGUGUGGCAAGAGUUGCAGACUUCGUUGGAUUAACUAUUUGAGACCUGAUAUCAAGAGAGGGAAUUUCACAAAUGAAGAAGAAGAAAACAUCAUUAAGCUUCAUGAAAUGCUUGGGAACAGGUGGUCAGCAAUUGCAGCAAAAUUACCGGGAAGAACAGACAAUGAAAUAAAAAAUGUGUGGCACACACAUUUGAAGAAGAAGCUAAACAAAACAAGCUCAGAAUUAUCUAACAAAAGGGUGAUCUCAAAACAAAAAAUCAAACGUUCUGAUUCAAAUUCAAGCACAAUAACUGAAUCAGAAUCUGCAUCUGCAUGCACUACUAGUUCUAGUGAUGAUUUUUCAUCCGUUGGUAAAAGAAAAGAUGUAAUAAAAAGUGAAGACAUUGAGUCUAUGGAAGAACCAAUGCCAGAAAUUGAUGAGAGUUUUUGGUCAGAAGCAGCAGCAUUGGAUGAAACUUCAACUCAUAUGACAUCAAGUUCUUUGACAAUCUCAAAUGAGAUAUUGCCACUUCAAUACCCUUCUAACUGUGGUGACAUUUUUCCACAAGAAAGUAAGGUUGAUUAUAAUUCUAACUUAGAUGAUGGCAUGGAUUUUUGGUAUGACAUAUUCAUUAGGACUGGAGAUCAAAUAGAAUUGCCAGAGUUCUGAUUUUUUUUAAGCUCAAAAAACUUAGUAACUUCAAUGAUUUUUUUUUAUAAUUAAAUGUUUAGAUGAGUUGGAUUCAGAACUACUUCGAAAUCGACAAUGAGAUUCUUAAGCAAAAGAUGGUACAUGGCAACUUCAAUUUGUAAGUUACAAGGAAAAUAAAGGAAUGUCAUCUCUAGCAGCAAGAGCUAAAGAAGUAAGAGUUUUGGGACAAUGAAAUGUAAUCUAUAAAUCUAUGUAAAAAAGGGAGUAGAAGUUAAACAUUGAUUUUUUUCUUCUUUUUUAUGUAUAAUGUGGAAAACAACAAGUCUCUUUAACAUUUUUAGUUUUUAUUCUAGCUAGGAUUUUAGACUAGAGUUUGAUUUUAAUACAAUAAAUGAUGUACUAAAUUAGAAUGCUACAAGUUUUGUGCCUCAAAGAUUUUUUCUCUGGGAAAAGACAUGAAAUGCCCCUAAGCUUUCUUAUAUAAUACAAUUCAGAUACAUGAAAAUAAAUUGUCUCAAAA